AUGAUAGUUGAAGAGGAAGGUCCUGUUUUGAAGAUUCAGGAUCAGAGGGUAGAGGAGAAGAAGGAUGGAAACGUGAGUGGUCCGUCAAAUGGGAUUAAGAUAAAUAAAGAAAUUGUGAAUGAGAGGAAGGUGGGAAGAUUUGGCUGUUCCUGGAAAGAUGAUGUCCAAGUGGAUUGGAUGUUUGACCCAGCUACCCUUGAAAUCCAGUACACACAACCGCAGCAUAUCCUCCAAAAUAUGAAUGGUCCUCUCCGACUGACCGUCGAUUUACGGGUGAAAAGCAGUACUGAAAAUAUAGCAUUCACAAUUAACAAGCUGGCUCAGUUUCUUCACAAGCCCACAAUCCUCCAUUGGCAGUCAACCAAGCACUUGCUGCGCUACCUCAAGCACACCGUGGAUUUUGGUCUCCAAUUUCACAAGUUGCCCUCCCUUUCACUACAAGCCUACUCCGAUGCAGAUUGGGCUGGAAGUAGGGAUGAUCGAUGCUCCACAGGUGGCUACUAUGUUUUUCUUGCGGGCAAUCUAAUUUCUUGGAGUUGUAAGAAGUAA